UUUGUGAAGCGGCAGCGGAGGUGUUGGCCGCGGUGGGCUCCGGGAAGCCGUUCGGGCUGGGGCUGCCGGCCACGGGGCUGAGGCUCUCGCGCGGGGGGUAACUCGGGUCUGGGUUCUGGUGCCGCGCAAGCUCUCCCCGUCUAAAAGUUGGUUUUAAUUGGUUGCCCACAGGAUUGACUUGGCCUCUACUACUUAAGAAAAUACAUCUCUUGUUUUACAAGGUGUGUGUGGUUUCAGCUCAGCAUGGCUGUGGUCAUCCGUUUGCAAGGUCUCCCAAUUGUGGCGGGGACCAUGGACAUUCGCCACUUCUUCUCUGGAUUGACCAUCCCUGAUGGGGGCGUGCAUAUUGUAGGGGGUGAACUGGGUGAGGCUUUCAUCGUUUUUGCCACUGAUGAAGAUGCAAGGCUUGGUAUGAUGCGCACAGGUGGUACAAUUAAAGGGUCAAAAGUAACGCUAUUAUUGAGUAGUAAAACAGAAAUGCAGAAUAUGAUUGAACUGAGUCGUAGGCGUUUUGAAACUGCCAACUUAGAUAUACCACCAGCAAAUGCUAGUAGAUCAGGACCACCGCCUAGCUCAGGGAUGAGCAGCAGGGUAACGUUACCAGCCACAGUACCCAACUUUAAUAAUCCUUCGCCAAGUGUAGUUACUGCUACUACUACUUCUGUUCAUGAGAGCAACAAAAACAUACAGACAUUUUCCACAGCCAGCGUAGGAACUGCUGCUCCAAGUAUGGGGACUUCUUUUGGGAGUCCAACAUUCAGCUCAACCAUUCCGAGCACGGCUUCUCCAAUGAACACAGUCCCACCACCACCAAUUCCUCCGAUCCCGGCGAUGCCGUCUUUGCCACCGCUGCCAUCCAUUCCCCCAAUACCAGUUCCUCCUCCGGUACCAACAUUGCCUCCUGUGCCACCUGUUCCUCCCAUCCCCCCAGUCCCUUCUGUGCCACCGAUGACCCCACUGCCACCCAUGUCAAACAUGCCACCCUUGAAUCCACCACCUGUGACACCUCUGCCUACUGGAAUGAAUGGCUCUGGAGCACCCAUGAGUCUGAACAGUAAUCUGAACCCAGUGUUUCUGGGUCCAUUAAAUCCUGUUAACCCAAUCCAGAUGAACUCUCAAAGCAGCGUGAAGUCUCUUCCCAUCAACCCUGAUGACCUGUAUGUGAGUGUGCAUGGAAUGCCCUUUUCUGCAAUGGAAAAUGACGUCAGAGAGUUUUUCCAUGGGCUCCGUGUUGAUGCAGUGCAUUUGUUAAAAGAUCAUGUAGGUCGAAAUAAUGGGAAUGGAUUGGUUAAGUUUCUCUCCCCUCAAGAUACAUUUGAAGCUUUAAAACGGAACAGAAUGCUGAUGAUUCAACGCUAUGUGGAAGUCAGUCCUGCCACAGAGAGACAGUGGGUAGCUGCUGGAGGUCAUAUCACUUUUAAGCAAAGUAUGGGGCCUUCUGGACAAGCCCAUCCCCCUCCACAGACACUUCCAAGGUCAAAAUCGCCCAGUGGGCAGAAGAGGUCGCGAUCAAGAUCACCACAUGAGGCUGGUUUUUGUGUUUACUUAAAAGGGCUACCAUUUGAAGCAGAAAACAAACAUGUCAUUGAUUUUUUCAAGAAGUUGGAUAUUGUGGAAGAUAGUAUUUAUAUAGCCUAUGGACCCAAUGGGAAGGCAACUGGUGAAGGCUUUGUUGAAUUCAGGAAUGAUGCUGACUAUAAGGCUGCUCUCUGCCGUCAUAAACAAUACAUGGGCAAUCGCUUUAUUCAAGUGCAUCCAAUUACUAAGAAAGGUAUGCUAGAAAAGAUAGAUAUGAUUCGAAAACGACUUCAGAACUUCAGCUAUGACCAGAGGGAAAUGGUGUUAAAUCCAGAGGGGGAUGUCAGUUCUGCCAAAACUUGUGCUCAUAUAACAAACAUUCCAUUUAGCAUUACCAAGAUGGACAUCCUUCAGUUCCUAGAAGGAAUCCCGGUAGAUGAGAAUGCUGUACAUGUUCUUGUUGAUAACAAUGGGCAAGGUCUAGGGCAGGCAUUGGUUCAGUUUAAAACUGAAGACGAUGCACGUAAAUCUGAACACUUACACCGUAAAAAACUUAAUGGGAGAGAAGCUUUUGUUCAUAUAGUUACUCUAGAAGAUAUGCGAGAGAUUGAGAAAAAUCCUCCAGCCCAAGGGAAAAAGGGCUUAAAGAUGGCUGUUCCAGGUAAUCCUGCAGUACCAGUGUUACCUAGUGCAGGGGUGCCUGCUUCUGGAAUUCCCACUGCCGGAAUACCUGGUGGUGGGAUACCUGGUGCCGGGAUGCCAGGUACUGGAAUGCCUAGUGCGGGUAUGCCUGCUGCUGGAAUGCCUACUGCUGGGAUGCCAGGUGCCGGGAUGCCUGGCCCUGGAAUGCCUGGCCCUGGAAUGCCCAGUGCCGGAAUACCUGGUCCCGCAAUGCCCGGUCCGGCAAUACCCGGGCCGGCAAUACCCGGGCCUGCAAUACCCGGGCCUGCAAUGCCUGGUCCCGCAAUGCCCGGUCCUGCAAUGCCUGGUCCUGCAAUGCCCGGUCCUGCAAUACCUGGUCCUGCAAUAUCUGGUACUGGCAUCCCCAGUGCAGGAGGAGAAGAGCAUGUCUUCUUGACUGUAGGAUCGAAGGAGGCCAAUAAUGGGCCACCAUUUAACUUCCCUGGUAAUUUCGGUGGACCUAAUGCCUUUGGGCCACCACUCCCUCCUCCAGGAUUAGGGGGUGCCUUUGGUGACGUUAGACCUGUUAUGCCUUCAGUUGGAAACAGUGGUUUGCCUGGCCUAGGACUGGAAGUUCCAGGUUUUGGAGGUACACCAAAUAAUUUAAGUGGGCCAUCAGGAUUUGGGGGGAUUCCUCAGAAUUUUGGAAAUGGCCCAGGUAGUUUAAGUGCUCCUCCUGGUUUUGGAAAUGGACCUCCUGGUCUUGGAAGUGUUCCUGGGCAUUUGAGUGGGCCUCCAGCCUUUGGGCCUGGGCCUGGGCCUGGUCCAAUUCAUAUUGGGGGUCCCCCUGGUUUUGGAGCUAGCUCUGGAAAACCAGGACCUACAAUAAUUAAGGUGCAGAACAUGCCCUUUACUGUAUCUAUUGAUGAAAUUUUAGAUUUCUUUUAUGGUUAUCAAGUAAUCCCAGGUUCAGUAUGUUUAAAAUACAAUGAAAAAGGUAUGCCUACAGGUGAAGCCAUGGUGGCCUUUGAAUCUCGGGAUGAAGCCACAGCUGCUGUCAUUGACUUAAAUGAUAGGCCUAUAGGUUCAAGAAAGGUAAAACUCAUGGCCCACUGUGUGACCUUGGUUCAGCUGUCCAUUUCCUGUGAGCAUCUCAUUGACAAGGACAUCGGCUCCAAAUCUGACCCACUCUGCGUCCUUUUACAGGAUGUGGGAGGGGGCACCUGGGCUGAGCUUUCCCGGACCGAGCGAGUCCGGAACUGCUCGAACCCUGCGUUCUCCAGGACUCUGCAGGUGGAAUACCACUUUGAAACUGUCCAGAAGCUACGCUUUGGAAUCUAUGACAUAGACAACAAGACCCCAGAGCUGGGGGAUGAUGAUUUCCUAGGAGGAGCUGAAUGUUCUCUGGGUCAGAUUGUGUCCAGCCAGACGCUGACUCUACCCUUGAUGCUGAAGCCUGGGAAGCCUGCCGGGCGGGGAACCAUUACAGUUUCAGCCCAUGAGUUAAAGGACAGUCGUGUUGUAACCAUGGAGGUGGGAGCUAGGAACCUAGAUAAGAAGGACUUCCUAGGAAAAUCUGAUCCCUUCUUGGAGUUCUUCCGCCAAGGUGAUGGGAAGUGGCACCUGACAUACAGAACUGAGGUAAUCAAGAACAACCUAAAUCCUACCUGGAAGCGCUUCUCAGUCUCUCUUCAGCACUUCUGCGGGGGGGACCCCAGCACACCCAUCCAGGUUCGCUGCUCGGACUAUGACAGUGAUGGGUCACAUGAUCUCAUCGGUAUCUUCCAUACUACCUUGGCCCAGCUGCAGGCUGUCCCGGCUGAGUUUGAAUGUAUCCACCCUGAGAAGCAACAGAAAAAGAAAAGCUACAAGAACUCUGGAACUGUCUGUGUCAAGACUUGCCGGGUGGAGACAGAGUACUCCUUCUUGGACUAUGUGAUGGGAGGCUGCCAGAUCAACUUUACUGUGGGUGUGGACUUCACCGGCUCCAAUGGCGACCCAUCCUCACCCGACUCCCUGCAUUACCUGAGCCCUAACGGAGUCAACGAGUACCUGACAGCACUGUGGAGCGUGGGCAGCGUGGUUCAAGACUAUGACUCAGACAAGCUGUUUCCAGCAUUUGGAUUUGGGGCCCAGGUACCCCCCAGUUGGCAGGUCUCACACGAGUUUGCCUUGAACUUCAGUCCCAGUAAUCCGUACUGUGCAGGCAUCCAGGGUAUUGUAGAUGCCUACCGCCUGGCACUGCCCCAAGUUCGUCUCUACGGCCCCACCAAUUUUGCACCCAUCAUCAACCACGUGGCCAGGUUUGCAGCCCAGGCCGCACAGCAGAAGACAGCCUCGCAAUACUUCGUGCUGUUGAUUUUGACUGAUGGCGCUGUGACAGAUGUGGAGGCCACAUGUGAAGCUGUGGUGCAAGCCUCAAAGCUGCCCAUGUCGGUGAUCAUUGUGGGCGUUGGUGGCGCCGACUUUGAGAUCAUGGAACAGCUGGAUGCUGAUGGUGGCCCUCUCCGUACACGUGCUGGAGAAGCAGCUGCCCGGGACAUAGUGCAGUUUGUACCUUACCGACGAUUUCAGAAUGCUCCCCGGGAAACCCUGGCACAGACUGUACUUGCAGAGGUGCCCACUCAGCUGGUGUCCUACUUCAGAGCCCAAGGUUGGGCCCCAUUAAAGGCACCUCCAGCCCCAAACAAGGGCCCUGCGCAGGCCCCCCAGGCUUAGGCUCCCUUGGAGAGUAGGCCAUGGUCAGUCUUCACCUUCAGCUACACAAGCCUCUGGGCAUGGACCAACCCUAAACAUUCUAUCCACUUCAUAUUUGAUACUUUUAGAUGUGCUUCAGCUACUGCUGCUCUUUGACAUGCCUGUCCCUGCACCCUCUCCUUCAGGAAAGACCACCCCCUUCCUCAGGGUUGUAGACUGGUAUAGAUAGCCAUGCUUCUAUUUUGAUAAGUUUGUUGACAUUGAACUUGAGUGAAAACAGGAAGCAUAAAGCAAGCACGUGGUUGUCACUUUCUCCUGGGGCGGCCGAGCUGGGAACAUGAACAAGAUGGAAGGUGCUGCCCCAGAAGAGGUAGCAGAGGCCUGAGACUGACAUGUUUCAGAGCAGAGGGAGGGGUGUUAGACUCUUUGUACUAGCCCUGUUCCUUGGUUUUGUGGGAACACUUGUGUAGCCCAGGCUGGCCUGCAAUUUACUAUCCUGCCUCAACCUCAUAGAUGCUGGAAUUACAGACAUGUGCUAUGCCAUGCCUGGUUGGCAGUCCUGAUUUUACAUGCUUUUUUGACAUAAAAUCUCGUAGCUCAGGCUGGCCCUGCAUUGUGUAGGAUGAAUUGAAUUCCUGGUCUUCCUACCCCCUCUUCCCACUGGACCCACUGUGCCAGCUGCUGCUUAUAUUAUUAUUAUCUCAGAACAGUUUUUAUCAGUUAUUAUCUGAUAUUAUCUCAGUUAUUAUCUCAGAACAUAUUUAGGACUUCUAGAGUUCAAAGACAUCUUCCACUACACAGUUUGAAAAUAGCCUGGGCUACAUAAGACCCUGUUUCAAAAACAAAGAGGGCCUUGCAAGAUUGCCCACUGGGAAAAGUGCUUGCCAUAGAAGCUGAACAAGCCGAGUUCUAGUUGUAGGGUCCACGUAAAGGUGGAAGGAAAAUUAAACACAUAUAGGGAAACCUUUCUAGGAGGGACACAUCUUAACCACAUUGCCAAGGCUGCCUGCAGACUCUAUGGACUUAAGAGGUCCACCUUAGGCAGUAGCUGGAACCACAGUGCACUCAGCGCUUAUGCAGUACUAAAGUGCUCUAUGUAGUCCUAGUUUAGUAAAACAGGUUUUUCUUUGAGGAAGGAGAGCUCCUAAGUGCAAAAUUAAUCCUUCACACUCAGCCUGCUGGUCAGGCAUGGUGCAGCACAAUUUGAACCCCAGCUCCCAGGAGGCAGAGAGGUGUUUUAUAACGUUUUCUAUUCUAAUAACACAUUGUUUUAAAUAUCAGUAUUAUAUAAUAAUGGGAACAAAGAUGGGUGGCUCAUGGCUGUAAUCCCAAUACUCAAAAGUCUGAGGCAGGAGGAUUGCUGUGAGUCCGAGGUAGACUUGUUACACUGUUUCAGGUCAGAUAAAACAACUGUUAUCACAUGUGCUUUGCAAUUAUUUGGGAUGCCUUAUCCAUCAAAACUUACUGCCUUCUCCCCUUUUCAAGUCUAUAUUCUUUUGUAAGAAUAUACCAGAGUUUAGUAAUUUCCUUAAAUUACAGAGAUUUGUUUUAUUCUGCUUACACACGUUUUUGAGGAAUUAGUUCCUCACUGUGGGAAAAGUAGAUCAUAGAGGAUAAAAUGUUAGCAGUUAUUACAGGUGCCUUCUCUAUAAACUUAUGGUCUCACUCAUCCCAUUUGUUAACCAUGGUCACCUUCACCAAAUCUCAAUUUUAGUUUCAUUUUUUUCCUUAUAUAGGUUAGAUACCAUUUCAUACAUGAACUUGUUUCUCAGGAGCCUGUUCAUGGGCUCUAUGUGUCAGAGUCUUUAUUCUUCCAAUGUGUUGAAAAAUUUCCUCCUCAGCUGUUACUGUUUCAUGUUUUAUACUCUAUGCAAAUUUAUUUUUAUAUAUGCUAAACUGCUCUUUAAAAUGUAUCCAUAUAUCAAUAAUAAAUUUUAUUUCAGUGA